AUGGCAGAAGGACCUGCACAGAAGAAGCGCCAGCUUCCAUUCAAACCACCGAGUCGGGCAUCAAGCAAUGUCGGCGCUGGCCCAUCCUCCGCCGCCGCACCCAAACCGAAGAGCAAAGGCAAACAAACUACCACCAAAUCAACCACCAGCAAAUCAUCUUCUUCAGCAUCAGCCUCAAAAGCUACAAACCGCAAAUCCUCCUCCUCUGCCAAACGCCAGCGCGUCGAAUCCCCACCUGCCUCAGAAUCAGUCGACGGAUCAGACGCCGACUCGGACGCAUCUACCCACAGCCGCGAGCACUCCCCCUCUCAAGAACCAGACUAUAUCCUCGCUGAGAUCAUCACACACCAUGAAACUGAGGACGUGACCUCGAGCGAACCCAAGAUCCCGGCAAAACUGUUAACACGCCUGCUGCAUCACCAUUUCCAAAGUGAAAAGACCAAGGUUGCCAAGGAUGCAAAUAUGGUGGUUGCGAAGUAUGUAGAUGUCUUUGUGAGGGAGGCUAUUGCGCGCGCGGCGUAUGAGAGGGCCGAGGCGGAUAGUGCUGGUGGUGGGAGGAGGGCUGGUGAUGGGUUUUUGGAGGUGGAGGAUCUUGAGAAGAUGGCGCCGCAGCUUACGAUGGAUUUUUAG